AUCACUUGGAACAGAAAUAUGUUUAGGAAUAUAUUUUCCUUUUUUUUAACCACAUCAUUAGUGAUACUACUCUUCGGAGGAUUUUCGACGACAAUUUUUAUCAAUUCAGCGCCAACUGAAGAUGGAUCGUCGUCAAGUAGUAAUGGUGGUGACAUGACUACAAGUUCAGCUGGUAAUGGCAACGAUGGAUCUACUACUAACUCGGGAGAUGGUAGUUCCAGUAGAAAUAGUAGUCCAAGUUCAGGUAGUGGGGACAACGAUGGAUCGACCACUAGCUCCGGAGGCUCUGAUGGAAACAGCACACCAAAUUCUAGUAGUGGCGACAAUAAUGGAUCGACCCCCAAUUCUGGAGACUCUGAUGGAGAUAGUACUCCAAGUUCUGGUGGUGGCGAUAAUAAUGGAUCGACCCCUAAUUCUGGAGGCUCUGAUGGAAAUAGCACUCCCAGUUCUGGUAGUGAUGACGAUAAUGGAUCGACCCCCAAUUCUGGAGGCUCUGAUGGAAAUAGCACUCCCAGUUCUGGUAGUGAUGACGAUAAUGGAUCGACCCCUAAUUCUGGAGGCUCUGAUGGAGAUAGUACUCCAAGUUCUGGUGGUGGCGAUAAUAAUGGAUCGACCCCUAAUUCUGGAGGCUCUGAUGGAAAUAACACUCCCAGUUCUGGUAUUGAUGACGAUAAUGGAUCGACCCCCAAUUCUGGAGGCUCUGAUAGAAAUAGCACUCCCAGUUCUGGUAGUGUUGACGAUAAUGGAUCGACCCCCCCUUCCGGAGGCUCUGAUGGAAACAGCACACCAAAUUCAGGUAGUGGUGACAAUAAUGGAUCGACCCCCAAUUCUGGAGGCUCUGAUGGAAAUAGCACUCCCAGUUCUGGUAGUGAUGACGAUAAUGGAUCGACCCCUAAUUCUGGAGGCUCUGAUGGAGAUAGUACUCCAAGUUCUGGUGGUGGCGAUAAUAAUGGAUCGACCCCUGGCUCCGGAGGUUCUAGUGGAAACACUACUCCAAGUUCGGGUACCGGCGAUGGAUCAACGCCAAGUUCAGGAGGAGGUGGGACCACCCCGGAUAAUAAAGGAAGCAGCACAUCAAAACCCGGUAACGGAAAAGAUGGUUCCAAAAAGAAAUGCUUCUUUCGUCCGUACUGUUACAUCAGAACGAAAAUUAGAAACUUCAAUUGUCGAAUUGUUCGCGGACUACUUAAAAUUAAGUUCUUGAAUUUUAUAACCAACGCCCGUAUAUAUUCCUGGUAUGUCCAUAAUUGUUGAUGAAAUAAUUUAUAUAUACAUGUGA